GCUGCCUACUACACACAGCCGUCUUCGUGAAGUGAAAGGACUGCCAGCAUAAUUAUCAUGUUAAACAGAGAGAGUUAAUUACAUUAGCAGUUAUUGUAAAUCCUCUUGUGACAGGCCGAAAGUGUCAACAAGGAUGGUAACGCCAUAGACGAGGCCUGCUUCUUUUCACCCUCGUGUCGCAUUCUUCAUCUUCUCGUCUUUCUUCUGUUGUCUUCAUCUUCGCAUCAUGGCCAAGAGCAGAGAACCCCCCACGGAGGGAGGUGGGCCUCAGGCGAAGGCGAGAGGACCACCUGUCGAGGAGCUGGUUCCCCCGGAUGGUGGCUGGGGUUGGUUCAUCGUGCUUGGUAGUGGUAUCAUGCAGUUUGUACUCCCGAGUCUCUCGACUUGCUUCGGCCUGAUCUACGUGCACCUGGUGGCGUCCGGAUACACGAACAGCCAGGUGUCGCCCAUUCCCGGCCUCAUGUUCGGUAUGGCGUGCCUAACAGGUCCCGUAGCAACAAGUCUCACCCGUUACUACAGCCACCGACGUCUGAGUAUCAUUGGGAUCUGCUUCACGGUGAUGGGCAUUUUCCUGUGUUCCUUCUGGGAUGAUCUCUACUGGUAUUAUGUCUGCUUUGGCCUCAUUGGGGGCGUGGGCAAUGGGCUGGCGAAUCCCCACGGCUUCAUCCUGGGCCAGAUGUACUUCCGCCAAAAGAGGGUGGCCGCCAACGCCCUCUCGAUGCUGGGAUCCUCGCUGGGCUUCAUGGUAAUGCCGCCCCUCGUCAGGUUCCUCGCCAACACGUACGCCCACCAGGGCGCCCUCAUGCUGUGGUCGGCUAUCCUGCUGCACGGCAUCGUGGGCGCCGCUCUCUUCCAGCCGAUCGAGUGGCACUUGAAGCCCAACCCGCUGGCCAGCGUUCGCCUGAUCGAGACCAGGCAGUGCCAGGAAGAGGGCCAUGUCGCUGAUGCUGACGAUGAAGAAGUAGAGGAUGGCAAUCAGGAUGGCUCAUGUCCCAGCGAGAGUGAAGCUGAAUAUGAAGAGGGGGAGGAAGAAGGCCUUCAGCAAGGCGUCGCUCACCGGCACUCUGACCCCCAAAGACGCCGAGAGUCUGCCGCGUCCAAGGGGGAAGCGGAGGUGUUCCUCGGCAGAGAGAGCAGUGAGAAGCCCUUGGGGGGAGGCAGACGGAGGCUCAGCAGUUGUACCAGAACCUCCGUUCGAAACAGUUUGUACAGUUCGUGUGACGUCAUCGACCAGUUCGGCGGCGCCCUCUCUGUCGAAACGGAAAGACUGAAAGAUGUGUAUGUCGAAGUUGUGGAAACGGCCGAAGAGAAGCCGAAAGAACCGCAGCCCAUUCUCCUGUGCGGGCUGAAGUUCCCUCGUUUUUCUGAUAUACUGAAUUUUAGGAUAUUGUCCCACCCCAUGUUCCUCAUCUCGUCCAUAUCUAGCAUCGCUAACAGAAUGGUAUACAUGAACUUUAUCACAUAUCUCCCGGCUUUGGGAGUAGACCUGGGCAUGCGGAACGAGGCGCCCUUCCUGCUCACCACGAUCUCCGUGGCCGACCUCGUCGCCAAAGGAAUCAUGUCCCUAAUCAGCGACCGCGGGUGGUGCCAGCGCCGCUACUUCGCCAUCAGCGCCGGCGUCCUCGCUUCCCUGACGGCCUCGCUGGUGCCCCAAACGUGGAACUUCACAAGUCUUGCCUCCUGCUGCGCCCUCUACGGAUUCAGCCUGGGUGUGAUGGUGUCCGUGUCUCCCAUCCUGCUGGUGGAGUACCUCGGCCUCAAGCUUCUUCCUUACUCGUUCGGUCUCCUCCUCUUCAUGAAUGGAGUGUCAUCAUUGAUCAUUUUCCCUCUUACUGGUCACAUCAGCGAUGUAAUGGCUAACUACACAACAAUCUAUUAUUUGCUGGGAGGCCUGUCGCUGACGCCGUCCAUACUGUGGAGUCUCGUGCCUUUCGUCAACCAAGACAAGAUCAGAAACCUUGCCUGAAAUCUGAUUAAUCAAACUCCAUCCACUUUCAGGAGAGAAAAAAAAACUGGUGCCUCACACUAGGCUCUGGAUUACUUGGAUUCGCUCUCUCCUGUUUGAUGCUAAUUUU